AUGGCGGCAAGUGCGUUCAUUUUCCUGGCGCUUCUAUUGCUGCAGCAUGUGCCCACCAGCGAGAUGUUUCAAUCCACGCUGAUGCUGGACAUGGCUCAGGUCCUACUGGAUAAGUACUGCUUCCCAGAAAACCUAGUUGGGAUGAAAGAGGCCAUCGGGCAAGUCAAUCAGAGCGGCGACAUACUGCGUGUGACUGAUCCCCAAACUCUUGCUGAAAUGUUGACCUCGGGGGUCCAGGGGGCUCUGAACGACCCCCGGCUGCUGGUCACGUACGAGCCCGGGGCGACGCCCUCUGAACCCGUCGACCUCCCUCCCCCGAGCCCCGAGAUACUCAUGGCCUUGAUCCAAAAUUCAAUUAAGUUCGAAAUUUUGGAAAAUAACGUGGGCUACUUGAGAAUUGACCACAUUAUUGAAGAGGACCUCGUCAAAAUGGUUGGCCCGAUUCUGGUGGACACGAUUUGGAAAUCCAUGGUGGCCACCAACGCGAUGAUCAUCGACCUCCGCUACAGCAGCAGCGGAAAGGUCUCUGGUAUCCCUUUCAUUAUAUCUUACUUUUGCGAUUCGAACCCUGCAAUUCACAUCGACUCCAUCUAUGACCGACCGUCCAAUACCACAAAGGAUCUCUGGACCCUGCCCGUUCUGUUGGGUGAAAGAUACGACAAGGAUAAAGACGUUCUGGUGCUCACCAGCAGGAACACCCAAGGGGUGGCCGAGGACGUGGCUUACAUCCUGAAGCACUUGGGCCGUGGCCUGUUGGUGGGGGAGCGGACAGCGGGAGGCUCGCUCAACGUCCAGAAGUUCCGCAUUGGCUCGUCUGACUUCUUCAUCACCGUUCCCCUCUCCAGGUCAAUCAGCCCCAUCACCGGUCAGAGCUGGGAAGUGAACGGUGUGUUCCCGUGUGUGCCUGUGAAUGCAGAUCGAGCCCUUGAGAAAGCCACCUCUAUUCUAGCCGUAAGGAAGGAGAUGCCCAAUGUAAUCCAGAAGGUCACCCAACUGUUGGGCGAGUACUAUUCCUACGUGGACCAUGUACCUUCUCUGGCCCUUCAAGUUGCUAAAAUUGCUCGCUCGGCUGUGACUUCGGAGCGAGAUCUAGCAGCAAAACUUAACUAUGAGCUUCAGGCCAUCUCUGAAGAUCCUCGUCUGAUGAUCAGCGUAGGGCCAGAACCUCCGGUCACCAGAGAACGGAGCCCAGAUGAAGACUUACCAACGGAUGUCAAUUAUCUCCGGCAGAUUGUCGACGCUGUGUUUCAAGUGGAGAUCUUACCGGGAAAUACCGGCUACUUAAGAUUUGACGUGUUUCCCACUGAGUCGGCGCUGACAAAACUGAGCCCCUACAUAGUUGAGAAAGUGUGGGAGCCGAUUCAAGACACUGACAAUUUAAUUAUAGAUCUCAGGUACAAUGUGGGUGGCACUUCCGCCGCUGUACCGGUGUUGCUCUCAUAUUUCCAGGACCGAACCCCACCCGUUCGCUUGUACACCGUAUUCAACAGGCUGAACAACUCCACCAGAGAAUUCUCCACUCUUCCUGAUUUGGAUGGGAGCUCUUAUGGAUCAAAAAAGGGUGUCUAUGUGCUGACCAGCCAUCGCACUGCCACGGCGGCAGAGGAGCUAGCCUACCUGAUGCAGUCACUCAGCAGGGCCACCGUGGUUGGCGAGAUCACAUCCGGCACCCUUCUUCACUCGCAGUCUUUCCACAUCGAAAAUACCAAUAUGUUUAUUACCAUCCCUUUCAUAAACUUUAUAGAUAAUAAUGGGGAGAGUUGGCUCGGCGGCGGCGUGGUGCCUGAUGCCAUAGUAUUGGCGGAAGACGCAAUGGAUAAGGCGAAGGAUGUUCUAAUGUUCCACGCUAAAGUGUUUAAGCUGGUGGAGGACACUGGAAAUCUCCUGAAUGUCCACUAUGCCAUCCCAGAGGUGGCUGCCAAGGUCAGCUCGCUGCUCAGUUCCAAGUGGCAGGACGGCUUGUACCGCUCUGUUGUGGACUACGAGUCGCUGGCUGCUCAGUUGACCUCCGACCUGAAGGAGACCUCUGGUGACCACCGCUUUCACGUCUUCUACAGCGAGAGCGCGCCUGAGGUCCUGGACGACCACGUAGGCAGAAUCCCUUCCGCAGAGGAAUUGGACCACAUCAUUCAAGCCCUCUUCAAGGUUGAAGUGUUGCCAAACAACAUUGGGUACCUACGUUUUGAUAUGAUGGCCGACGCAGAAAUCAUCAACGUUAUUGUCCCACAAUUACUGGACCAAGUAUGGAACAAACUGGUCUCUACCGACCUUCUCAUUAUUGACAUGAGAUACAACGUCGGUGGAUAUUCAACUGCAAUUCCAAUUUUAUGCUCUUACUUCUUUGACUCUGAACCUAUCCGUCAUCUUUAUACUGUGUUUACCCGCUCCUCCUCGUCCAGUUUGGAAAUAUGGACACUGCCCAAGGUACUUGGCCAAAGAUACGGCUCCAAUAAGGAUGUCUAUAUCCUAACCAGUCAUAUCACGGGCUCUGCUGCAGAGGCGUUCACCAGAGCAAUGAAGGACUUGAACAGGGCGACGGUGAUCGGGGAGCCAACGAUUGGAGGUGCCUUGUCCGUAGCCACUUACCAGAUAGAAAAUAGCAACCUCUAUGUAUCCAUUCCAAAUCAAGUUGCACUGAGCGCUGUGACUGGGAAGGCUUGGAGCGUGUCCGGUGCUGAACCGCAUGUUUUGGUCCAAGCCAAUGAAGCUAUGGGCGUGGCCCUCGGCAUCAUCGAGCUUCGGGCCAAGGUUGCCGCGAUUGUGCGCACGGCCGGCAAGUUGGUGGCUGAUAAUUACGCGUUUGCGGAAGCCGGUGCCAAGGUAGCGGGGCAGAUCGCCGACCUAGUUCAAGAGGGGAAGUACAAUGUCAUUAAUUCCGAGCUUGAGCUGGCUCAGAAGUUAUCGGAGGACCUGCAGAAACUCUCGGGUGACAAACAUCUCAAGGUAGCGCAUAUCCCGGACAAUCUGAAGGACCAUAUCCCCAGUGUCGUCCCCAUGCCGAUUCCACCUCCUGAGAUGUUUGAAGACUUGAUUAAAUUUGCCUUCCAGACGAAAGUGUUUGAGAAUGCUGUCGGCUACCUCCGGUUCGACAUGUUCGGCGACAUUGAAUUAAUUACCCAAGUCUCGGACCUGAUGGUGACUCAUGUAUGGAAUAAAAUCGCGCACACCAUUGCAUUGAUUGUGGACCUGAGGAAUAAUAUUGGAGGACCCACCUCUUCUAUCCCAGCCCUGUGUUCCUACUUCUUUGACGAUGGGAACCCGGUGCUCCUGGAUACAGUUUACAAUAGACCUAUUGACACAACCUCCGAAAUAUGGACCAUUCCAUGGUUGGCAGGGGAGCGAUAUGGUUCUAAGCGGGAGCUAAUCGUCCUCACAAGCAACGUCACUUCGGGAGCCGCGGAGCAAUUCGCCUUCGUGAUGAAGAGAGUGGGAAGAGCUCUGAUCGUGGGCGAGUUGACGAGCGGCGGAUGUCACCCUCCACAAACCUACCAUGUAGACGACACCAACCUCUACCUGACCAUGCCGACCGUCAGGUCGUCCAGUCCGGAUGGAACAUUCUGGGAAGGAGCCGGAGUCGCACCUCACAUCGAGGUGCCCGCUGCCACAGCGCUGGAGACAGCUAAAGAGAUUCUGAGAAGCCACUUGCACGGACGUACCUAAUUCACUCCUCUGUAGAGGCAAAGCGUAUAAUUAAGUAGCUAAUUGUUUCCUGAAUAAAAUGCCUA